CAUGCUAUGAUGGUGCUGCGGAGGUUGUUAAGGAAGCGCUGGGUGCUGGGCGUCGUCUUCGGACUGUCCCUCAUCUACUUUCUCACCAGCACACUCAAACAGGAGGAGCGGACCAUCAGAGACCGCACGCUCUUAGAGGUUAAAGAUCCGGACCACCGCAUCCCCUGGAAGGUCCGCUUCAACCUGGGAAACAGCAGCCGGCAAAUCAGCCAGUGCAGGAACUCCAUCCAGGGCAAGGUGCUGCUCACGGACGAACUCGGAUACGUUUGCGAGAGGAAGGACCUGCUGGUGAACGGCUGCUGUAACGUCCAGGCCCCCAGCAGCAGGCAGUUCAUCUGUAAGAGUUGCCUGGCCAACGGGUGCUGCAGCAUCUACGAGUACUGCGUGUCCUGCUGCCUGCAGCCCGAUAAGCAACCUCUCCUGGAGCGCUUCCUGAAUCGCGCAGCUGAAGGUUUCCAGAAUCUGUUCACUGCUGUGGAGGAUCAUUUUGAGCUGUGCUUGGCCAAGUGUAGGACCUCUUCACAAAGUGUCCAACAUGAGAACACCUACCGAAAUCCUCAAGCAAAGUACUGCUACGGCGAGAGUCCUCCAGAGCUCCUCCCUAUAUGA